AUGUCAGAGGCUAAGAUUGGGGAUAUGAAGAAAGAGGAGGAGGUUGGUAAUGAUUCUCCUAAGAACGAAGUUGACAGUGAAAAAUCUGUGGAUGAUCUGAAAGAUGACAACCCCAUGCCCUCUUCCCAGGAGGAGGAACAAGCUAUUAAGAAAAAGUAUGGGGGGAUGUUGCCAAAGAAGCCUCCACUAAUAUCCAAGGAUCAUGAACGUGCUUACUUUGAUUCUGCUGACUGGGCUCUGGGGAAGCAAGGAGCACAAAAACCUAAAGGACCACUUGAAGCACUCCGCCCUAAGUUGCAGCCAACACAACAGCAUGCUCGUUCAAGACGCUCAGCUUAUGCUCCAGCAGAUGAUAGUGAUGGUGAUGGCUGCAACAGUAUUACAUCAGCAGAGGAAGAGAGUGCCAUGGAAGAUGUUGGUGGUGAUGCUGCUCAGGACCAAAGCUGCCCUUAG